AGCCCAAAGCCCAAGAAAUCACUUUAUCAGCGCUGCGUCGAUGCCAGAACGGGACGGAACAACCAGAUCUCGGACGAUGAUCUGCGGAAGUACACGGGCAUGACCAAGGCUCAGCUGAACGAAUGGUCCAAGGACCGGUCCGGUGUUGCUGGAAACCAGCUAGCCGGCUCGCUAGCGAUGGGGCCAGCUUCCGGGCUGGGAGGUAUGAUGACUGCUGAGGGAUACGGCGGAUGGGGCCCGGAUGCGGCAGGGAAGCUGAAGUUCCCGCCGAAGCCGGCUCACCAGGAGAAGAAAGCCUUUGAGGAGAAG